AUGGAAGAGAAAGAGAUCUCGGACACCUUCCGAAAGGUGGAAGUAAACAUCCCUUUACUUGAUGCAAUCAAAAAAAUUCCUAGAUAUGCAAAAUUCUUAAAAGAAGUUUGUACCAACAAGAGGAAAUUGAAGGGAAAUGAGAAAAUUUCAAUGAAUGAAAAUGCAUCAGCAGUUUUACAAAGGAAACUUCCACCCAAGUGCAAAGAUCUGGGAAUGUUUACGGUUCCUUGCAAGAUUGGGGAUGUCACUCUUAGUAGCUCUAUGCUUGAUCUUGGUGCUUCUAUCAAUGUCAUGCCCUAUUCGGUAUAUGAAUCAUUGAAUGUGGGGCCUUUAAGUGAAAUCGGUGUCAUAAUCUCACUUAUGGAUAAAUCAAGUGUCUUUCAUAGAGGUGUUUUAGAAGAUAUUUUAGUGCAAGAGAACCAAUUGGUCUUCAAGACGGAUUUCUACGUGAUUGAUCUAGAAGAACAAUUGUCCUCCAAGUCGGCUCUAAUUUUACUUAGGAGACCGUUUUUUAAGACGGCUAGGACGAAAAUCGAUGUAUAUGCUGGAAGUUUAACAAUGGAGUUUGAUGAUGAAAGAAUUAGUUUUAAUAUUUAUGAUGCGAUGAGAUGUCAUAGUGAUGUUUCAUCCUUGUAUGUUGUUGAUGUCGUUGAGCCGCUAACCCAAGAAUUGUUCGAGUUGUCCAAUGGUGAUAUGUUGGAGAUGAUCCUAAGCAAGGGGUUUGAUUGUGGGAAACUAGCCAAGCAAUUGAAGCUUUAUUCUUUAGACCCAGAAGUUGAAAAGUUGGUCAAUAAUUCGGAGGUGAAGAAAUCCACAAGAUUUGAUUUUAAGCAAAUUGAGUUGCCCCCAAAUCAUGCAAAAUUGCCUCAAUCCAUUGUUCAACCACAUGAAUUUGAAUUGAAAGUCCUACCUUAA